GAGAUCUUGGCUCGCACCAAAGUGUGGGCACAUGCUGUUCUAUAUAAGUGGUCAGUCAGUCCAUUCGAUUUUUGAUAUUCUCUCGGAGGAUCUCAGGACUCUGUAGAAAAUGAGGGUCCUAUUGAACCUCGGUUUCAGUGUGGCUCUGCUGUGUUUGGUGGUCUUUGCCGACCACGAGGGGAAGAAACAGGAUCACAAUCAUGACCAUGAGAAGAAAGGAGAUCACCAUGACCACGACCACCACCAUGACAACGAGCACCAUAGCCACGCCGAUAAAAUUUUGUCCGUCGACAAAAUAAAAGUUGGCAAUAAAAAAUUUGCAUUUGACCUCUUUAGCAAGGUAGUCGCUGACCAUCCAGAAGAGAAUGUUGUCUUUUCCCCAGUAAGUAUAUCUAUAUCAUUGGGCUUCCUGUCCCUCGGUGCAGAGGGCAGGACCAAUGACCAGAUCGUAGAAGGCAUGGGCUUUAACGUGUCUGAGACUCCCAAAAAAGAUAUCGAUGAUGGCUUCCGCAAUCUUCAGGAAAUGUUAAAUGAUGAUAAGAGAGAGCUGCAUCUCGAUAGCGGAAAUGGCCUUUUUGUGAGCCAAGCAUGGAAAAUCAAAGAUGACUUUCUCGGCAAAGCUAAAAACCUCGGGUCCGAAGCCUUCACUGUAAACUUUGAGGAAAACGAAGGAGCCAAGAAACAAAUCAACGACUACGUUGAGAAAAACACACACGGCAAGAUCGUUGAUGUUCUGAGCAAUGUAGACAAGCAAGCAGCUUUAAUUUAUGUUAACUUCAUUUAUUUCAGAGGGAAGUGGGAAAAACCUUUUGAUGAGAAAUAUACCAAAGAAGGAGAUUUUCAUGUGAAUAAGGAUCUUACGGUGAAGGUGCCUUUCAUGUCCCAGACUGGUUUUUACAAGGUAGCAGAAUUGGACGAAGCCACCGUUAUAUCUGUGCCUUACAAAGGGAACGCUUCCGCCUUAUUCAUCCUACCCAAAGAAGGCAAAAUGAAGGAAGUAGAAUCACAUCAAGAAGACAUAUUGUGGAAAUAUAAAAGUCAAUGUCACAGAGACCUUGUGGAUCUCAGCAUCCCCAAGUUUACAGUCGCUGGCGAUGUUGACCUAAAACAAGUCCUACCUAAAAUGGGAAUAGUUGAUUUGUUUUCCAACAGCGCAGAUCUUUCUGGAAUCACUGGGGCUCCUGACCUGAAAAUUUCACAGGCGGUUCACAAAGCGAAGAUCAACGUAGAUGAGAAGGGGACGGAGGCUGCUGGGGCCACGGUCAUGGAGGCCGUUCCGAUGAGACUUCCUGUGCAGAUUAGACUGAAUCAUCCGUUCUCAUUUCUUAUUUAUGACCACGAAACCAGAAGUACUCUCUUCAUGGGGAAAAUCGUAAACCCAAAGAACUAAUUCUCUGCACACAUCAUCACUUGUGCCUGCAAUAAAGAUGAUACUAUGUUGUAAUACGA